AUGCGCUAUUUACAGGAACGUGAAAUGAAAAGCUACGCGUAUACUAACCGUGUCGUGACGUCAUCGCUGCGCGGGCGCGUCCGACCCGCGCCCCGAGGAAUCUGCGAAUUUACAAAUGUACAAGCACUCGGCGCCCUCAACGGACGAUCGUCGGCGAUCGUGAUCGAGACGGAAGACUUGUUUCCAGCUUACUACCACUCUACGCGCUACGAGUACGGGGCGACGAACUGCGCGUCGCUCCUAUUAUCACUAAGGGCAGAUUCCUCUCGCGGCAGUCGGGCGCGGCGGAAAGCACUACUUCUACGGAACAUUAUAUCACUUGAGAAAGUCUUAUAG